ACGCUUGACACCCCUCCUCCCCCUGGGGUCACGGGAUGGCGCAGCUCCAGCCACCGCUCAGUACCCUUAAGGGCUAUGGGCCAACUGAAUUCAGAGACCCUCCCGCCCCCAGGCCCUGGGACAUGGCCGUUCUACCCCCAAGCCGCCCAGCCGCACGCCCCUCCUCGGCGGAACGAGGGCACCUGGGAAACCGGGGGGCGGGACAGAGCCCGGGGGGAGGCAGAGGAACGGGCUGAGCCCAGGCUUCCCGGCUGCCGCGCUGCUCAGCGCUGCCUGCGUCUGGCCCUGCGCCGCCCCCUCGCCCGGGCCCCCACGCGGGCCCCCGGACAGCAGCCCGCUCCGCGCUCGGCAGGGCAUCGCGGGGCCUUUCCCCCGAGAGCCGGGGGGGGGAGAGGGGGGGCCGCCGGCGCCCCGUCCGCGGCCACCCUGCCUCCUGGUGCAGCACGGCCCGAAGCCGCUCCCUGGCCCUGCUUGCAGGGAGCGCGGGACGGCAGCCUGGCCGUUAACCCCUGGAGGGAAGGCGGAGGAGGGGGAGGCUGCGAGCCCUGCAUCACGCUCCCGCUCUGCCCAGCACACGAUGCGUCAGCAGUACAUCCACGUUCCCACUGAAGGACAAAAGGAUGAGAGAGCAGCCUGCCCGGCUGCCGCCUGCACCAGCACCGCCGCGGGGAGCCCGGGCGCCGGGGGAGAGGGCUGCCGCCGGCACGGGUAGGAAGGGAAGAUGUUACCGGGGUCCGGUGCGUCUCACGCCGCCGCUGCUGCCCCGCCUCCGCCUCCUCCCGCCGCAGUCGACGGGCAACAGAGACGUUAACGGCACCGGGAGGCUGGCGCCCCACCUCACUACCUCAGAGCCGCGGGGGAGCCGGCCGGGGCCGCGGGAGGGGAGCCCGCCGCCCUGCCCAUCCUGCGCCGGGGCUCGGCGCUAACGCGGGGCUCGGCGCUGGCGCACUCCCCCCAGCAGGACAGCGGCACUCCAGAGCGGCCCCCCCGCCGCACGGCCGCGCGCCCCCCUCCCCGGAGAAGCCGCCGGGUCGCCGCGAAGCGCGAGGAGGCUGCAGCCGGGCCAGGCACCGCAGCCCCGCACGCGGAAGGGGGGGGGCGUGCAGAGUGACCCCUCGCCCCCGCUGCCAAGAGCGACCGACCGACCGCGAUGGGCUGCCGCUAGCCGCCGGCGAUCCCCAGCAGAGCCCCCCGUGGGGAGGGGGGCGAGCACGGACCGAGCGGGGCCAGAGGAAGAGGCUGGCAAAGGGGCAGCGAGCAGAGAGCACGAUUCUCUUUGGUUCCUUGUCUGGCUGUUCCCGGCGGGGGCGGGGGGCAGGGUGCACGCUCCAGCCAUGGAGCACCAGCCCCAGCAGCUGCUCGCAGCAGCCGGCGCUCGGAGCCAAGGACAAAUUUGCAAAGCGCUGGCAGCGUUGCUCCCCGGGGCAGAAGGCAACUAUGCACCUGCCUAGCCGAGCGGGCCUCACCUCCAGCCGGGCUCCUUCCACGCUGCUUUCCCAGCUCCUGCUCUGGAUUUACUAGGAGCCAUUUUGUCUUUCACCCCCCUUUCCCCUUCCCCCCUCCCCCUUCUUCCCCUUUGUUAAUUCAAAACUGAACCGAAGAGGGGAUGGGGAGGAUGGAGCGGCGUCCUGCGGUGAGAGCUUAAAGAGCAGCGCACAGACCCCUUCCUCCCCAGGCAGGUGCCAAUUACAGAGCAGGGGGCUCGGCUGGGGGGGCUCGUGCUUUGCUUUGUUUCUUAUUUAUUUUUUUUCACCCCAUUUUCCCCUGAUCCCUCCACCCCAGCUCCCUCCCUCCCCCCCCCCCCCCCCCCCGCCCCUUUGUUAGCUGGCGAGAGGAAUGAACAGCUGGUUUAAGCUGGGGGAAUAGGGCCCCUUCUCCUUUCUGUGCCAAAUCCCGGACGAUGGUGAAUUAUGUACGUGCCACAUCAUGAAGCUCUUGUGGCAGGUAACUGUGCACCACACCUGGAAUGCUGCCCUGCUCUCGGUCGUCUACCUCACGGCGCAGGUGUGGAUUCUGUCUGCAGCAGCUGUCUGGGCCGGAGCCCCGAACUGCCCCUCCGUCUGUUCCUGCAGUAACCAGUUCAGCAAGGUGGUGUGCACGCGCCGCGGCCUGGCGGAGGUCCCUCAGGGCAUCCCUUCCAACACCCGCUAUCUCAACCUCAUGGAGAACAACAUCCAGCUGAUCCAAGCAGACACCUUCCGGCACCUGCACCACUUGGAGGUCUUGCAGCUGGGCAGGAACUCUAUCCGCCAGAUCGAGGUGGGUGCUUUCAAUGGGCUGGCCAGUCUCAACACGCUGGAAUUGUUUGACAACUGGCUGACCGUCAUCCCGAGCGGGGCCUUUGAGUACUUGUCCAAGCUGCGGGAGCUGUGGCUCAGGAACAACCCCAUCGAGAGCAUCCCCUCGUACGCCUUCAACCGGGUCCCGUCCCUCAUGCGCUUGGACCUGGGCGAGCUCAAGAAGCUGGAGUACAUUUCUGAGGGGGCUUUUGAGGGAUUAUACAACCUGAAGUACCUUAAUCUUGGGAUGUGUAACAUUAAAGACAUGCCAAACCUCACGCCCCUCGUGGGGCUGGAGGAACUGGAGAUGUCGGGGAAUAACUUCCCUGACAUCAAGCCAGGAUCUUUCCAUGGGUUAAAGUCUCUCAAGAAGUUGUGGAUUAUGAACUCCCAGAUCAGCCUGAUUGAGCGGAACGCAUUCGACGACCUCACCUCGCUGGUGGAGCUCAACCUGGCCCACAAUAACCUGACCUCGUUGCCGCAUGACCUUUUUGCCCCCCUGAGAUACCUGGUGGAGCUUCACUUGCACCACAACCCCUGGAGCUGCGACUGCGACAUCCUGUGGCUCUCCUGGUGGCUGCGGGAGUACAUCCCCACCAACUCCACCUGUUGCGGGCGCUGCCACGCCCCGAUGCACAUGAGGGGCAAGUUCCUGGUGGAGGUGGACCAGACCUCCUUCCAGUGCUCCGCACCCUUUAUCAUGGACGCCCCCAUGGAUCUAAACAUCUCGGAAGGACGAGUGGCGGAGCUCAAGUGCCGGACUCCCUCCAUGUCCUCUGUGAGGUGGUUGCUGCCUAACGGGACCGUUCUGAGCCACGCGUCUAACCACCCAAGGAUAUCCGUCCUCAAUGACGGGACCUUGAACUUCUCCCACGUUUUGCUAACGGACACGGGGGUUUACACGUGCAUGGUCACCAAUGUGGCAGGGAACUCCAACGCCUCGGCCUACCUCAACGUGAGUACGGCCGAGCUCAACACUUCCAACUACAGCUUCUUCACCACCGUCACGGUGGAAACCACAGAGAUCUCCCCCGAAGACAUCUCCCCGAAAUUCACUAAGCCAGUGCCAACGACUUCGACAGGGUACCAGCCGGCGUACACCACCACCACGACAGUGCUGAUCCAGACCACCAAAACGCCCAAGCCGGUGGCGGUGCCCACAGCGGACACCAGCGACAAGAUGCAGACCAGCCUGGACGAGGUGAUGAAGACCACGAAGAUCAUCAUCGGCUGCUUUGUGGCAGUGACGCUGCUGGCGGCGGCCAUGCUGAUUGUCUUUUACAAACUUCGCAAGCGGCACCAGCAGCGCAGCACGGUGACGGCCGCCCGGACCGUGGAGAUCAUCCAGGUGGACGAGGACGUGCCGGCGGCCCCGGCGGCCCCGACCAGUGUAUCAGGUGAGGGGGCAGUUGUGCUGCCUACAAUUCAUGACCAUAUUAGCUACAACACCUACAAACCGGCACACGGGGCCCACUGGACAGAAAACAGCCUGGGGAAUUCGUUACACCCCACGGUAACCACUCUCUCUGAACCGUAUAUAAUUCAGACCCACACCAAGGACAAAGUACAGGAAACUCAAAUAUGACUUUUUUUCAGAAAUUAUAAAUGCAAUAGAAUGCACAAAACAAAACAAAAAAAAGACAGCAACUUUUGUACAGAGUGGGGGAGAGACUUUUUUUCUUGUAUAUGCUUAUAUAUUCAAUCUAUGGGCUGAUAAGAGAAGCAGAUUAUAUUAAAAUUAAAAAACCUAUUUUCUAACUUGUAAGUUCUAUUUAAAAAAAAAAAGAGGGGGGUAGGGGGGGACAAAAUCAAAAUCCAAAACGAAAAAGAUGCCGGAAUGACUUUCUGGAGUGAGGCUGAGAACACAACUAGCCAAGGGACAGGCGGGAAGCGGGGGAAGGAAGUAUCAGUUUUUAGAAGCCGCUCCACAGAAUGCGGUAACACAAACCCGUUUCUCUAAAGAUCUUUUCUUAAAGCCCAACAUCGAUAUUUACAGAUUUAUCUUAUUUAAAAAAAUAAGGAAAAAAACGCACCAAGAAUUUGUACUGUGCCAAAAUGUUACAAAUGCAAUAAUGGGUUUUUUGUGUGGGUGGGUGGGGGAGAGAUGGACAGACCGUGGGGCUAAAUAUAUAUAUGUAUUAAAGAAAAAAAUGCCAACAUUUGCCAUGUAUCUCAAUAGGGCUGUGCGUGUGCCCGUGUGUACCGGCUCCGUGGGUAUCAUGUAUCCCAACAGAGCUUCUACAGAAAGAGCAGUGAAAGAGAGAGAAAUUGGCGUCGCUCUCAGUCAAAUGGUUCCACACUGCACCAGAUUCCUGCAGUUCAGUUUAACCCGCUGUGCGCAGGGAGCAUGUGUGUGCGCCUUUGACUUUCCCAGGAGGGAAGGGAGAGAGGGAAGGUUAGGUCAGGUUGGCUAGAGGGGACAUCCUAGCAGGUAGAGGGGAGAGCGGGGUGUGUGUGUGUGUGUGUGGCUAUGGUGCAGGAGAUCUGACAGAUGAUUGUAGACCAUGCUCCAAUUUUAUGAUUUUUUCCAUCUUUUUUAAGGUGGCAAGAGAUGAAGCUUUUCCCCCCUCCCCAACUGCUGGGGUUCCCCAAUCAAUUGAGGGCUCUUUAGAUAACUGUCAACUGGUGGGGGCGGGAGGGGUGGGAGAAAAACAAACCGGAGCUGCUGCAAGGCAGAAAUACUCUCUCUUGUUUAUAGAAAUGCAACCAGAUUACGCAUGGGGGAAUCGUCAUAUUGACAGAAAGUCUCUUGCUCACGCGAGCAUCUGGUGAACCCUAGAAGGGGGAAAAAGGCUCUCCUCCCUGUCACAUUUAUCCCCCAAAGCAGCCCGUGAAAGGUGUUUGGGGAGCAGGGGAGCAUUGGGGGGAGGCCGUGCGCAUUUCCUUCUGGUCCAUUUAAACAAUGUAACUACUUUCCUUUCUUAUCUGAGCUUUAAAAAACAAAGUGAAAGGAUUCAAAUCUAAAGGGUGAGAACAGAAAGCAACUUCAGAACAAUCUGACUGUACUCUGAGAAUCAAGUGUAUUUUUGUAUU